UAGUCCCAACUGUCAGUGGUCAGGCCGCAUGCACAUACAAGUCACACAUAUGCACACGUAUAAGCCUGUGUAUAUUUCUAAUAGCUCAGCUGAAACAGUUUGGUGUAAAUGAUAUAAAUUAAAUAGAAUAACUGAAAGUUUUGAAAACUGCGCAAAGAAAGCACUGCGUACCUGGCACAUACCUAGAAAUCUGUUUUUGUUUCUGUGCACAUAACGAAAGAGGCUAAACGGUCGACAUGGCAGCACCGGUCAUUGUUGAGGCCACGGCCAAGCAGACGGCGACGCUUAUAUUUAUGCAUGGCCUGGGCGACACUGGACAUGGCUGGAGCAGCGCUUUAGCCGCUGUGCGUCCACCAUUCAUGAAGGUGAUCUGUCCAACGGCGCCGACACAGCCGGUUUCGCUGAAUGCCGGAUUUCGUAUGCCCUCAUGGUUCGAUCUGAAGACACUGGACAUAGGCGGGCCCGAGGAUGAGCCAGGUAUACGCUCUGCACGAGACAAUAUACACGGCAUGAUAAAUAAGGAGUUGAGCGCCGGCAUACCGGCCAAUCGCAUUGUGCUUGGCGGCUUCUCACAGGGCGGCGCACUGGCCCUCUACUCGGCAUUGACCUUUGAACAGCAACUGGCUGGCGUGGUGGCUCUGUCGUGCUGGCUGCCACUGCACAAGCAGUUCCCUAAUGCCAAAAUUAGCAGCGAUGAGGUGCCUAUAUUCCAAGCACACGGAGACUAUGAUCCUGUGGUGCCUUACAAAUUUGGACAGCUCAGCGCUAGUCUGCUCAAGUCGUUCAUGAAGAAUGUCACGUUCAAGACAUAUAGCGGACUGUCACACUCGUCGUCCGACGAGGAAAUGAAUGAUGUCAAGGACAUAAUCAGUAAAUGGACGCAUUGGGAGGGCCCGAACAUGGCUAGAAAGGCAAUGCUGCCAGAUAUCAUAGUAGCCAUAGGCUAUGAAAUGUAGUUGCAGUUCCUUCCACAUAAAAAUCAAAGCUCCUCUUCGCCCCUAGUCAAGAAACGCGCCCGAGCAGACGUCUGAAACUAAAGAGAAUUGUAUUUUAGAUAUUAUUUUGUACAUACAUACGUAUUAUGUAGACUUUAGGCAUAUUAUUAGCUAUUGGAUGUCUCCACUUGGUGGUCGGACGAGAAGCAGAUUCGUUAAAGCGAACUUAAACAAAUAAAGUUAUGUGACGACUA